AUGUUAAUCCGUGCCCGGAAACUAUUUGUCGCCGCCGCUUUGCGCCGACACACAACUAGUGUAUUCACAGACGCUCCAUUCUCGUCAAUCGUUGGCUCUUCCGGGGCGAUUCCUUCGACUCCUCCCCUGCUCGCCGCCGUUAUCUCCCCUGAAGCUACCGGCCGGAUACCGUCGCAGCCCACCCACGGAGCAUUUGGAAGGGGAAAAAUGGAGGCGGCGAGGCUCGGUUCUUGGCAGCUCACCACCAUUUCUGGUUCAACGAGUUCAUGGAGGAGGCCGCCACUUAAAUUGCAUAGAAAUAACAUCACUUUCAAAUCUCCACUAAAGUUCUCUGUCCGCGCUUCCGCUGUUGGAGGCGACGAUUCUGCCGUGACUCUGCUUGAUUAUGGUGCCGGCAAUGUUCAAAGUAUUAGAAAUGCAAUCCGUUAUCUCGGUCUCGAUAUCAAAGAUGUUGAAACACCGGAGGACAUUCUGAAUGCAAAACGCCUUAUUGUACCUGGGGUUGGAGCAUUUGCUGCGAUGAUGGACCACUUUGCACUUGAUCGGCCAUUUUUAGGCAUUUGUCUUGGUCUGCAGCUACUUUUUGAGUCAAGUGAAGAAAACGGGUCAGUGAGAGGUCUUGGUUUGAUUCCUGGGGUGGUUGGACGUUUUGAUUCUUUCAAUGGUUGUAGAGUGCCUCAUAUUGGCUGGAAUGCUUUGCAAAUUAAAAAAGAUUCACUUAUUUUAGAUGAUAUUGCAAACCAACAUGUAUAUUUUGUCCAUUCUUAUCGUGCUGUACCGUCAGAAGAAAAUAAAGAGUGGGUUUCAUCCACCUGCAACUAUGGAAUUGACUUCAUAUCUUCUGUUAGGAGGGGAAAUGUGCAUGCAGUUCAAUUUCACCCUGAAAAAAGUGGAGAUGUUGGUCUUUGGAUCCUACGGAAGUUCUUGUUACCAGAUUCUUGUGUGACUAAGAAGCCAUUGGAAAGGAAGGCUACAAAGCUUGCAAAGAGGGUGAUUGCUUGUCUUGAUGUGAGAACAAAUGAUAAGGGUGAUUUGGUUGCGACUAAAGGAGAUCAGUAUGAUGUGAGAGAGCAGACAAAAGAUAACGAGAUGGGGCUGAUGAGGUACAUAUGUUCCCUCUUGGAGUAUGCCUGGUAUCAGUGCACUGUGAAUGGUGGUAGAGAGGGUCGUCCAAUUGGAGCAUAUGAGCUUGCCAAAGCUGUUGAAGAAUUGGGAGCUGCUGAAAUUUUGCUCAACUGUAUCGAUUGUGAUGGUCAAGGAAAAGGAUUUGAUAUCGAUCUGAUAAAACUAAUCUCGGAUGCGGUGAGCAUUCCAGUGAUUGCAAGUAGUGGUGCAGGAGCCGCUCAGCAUUUCUCAGAUGUUUUUGAAAAGACAAAUGCUCUUGCUGCAGGCAUUUUUCAUAGGAAACAGGUACCGAUUCAAUCGGUAAAAGAGCAAGGGAUUGAAGUUAGGAUAUAG